GAAUAGGACGUGGCUGGCUGGUUUAAAAAAAAAAUAAAUGAAAACGUUCAGUGAGCUGAGCAGAGCUGGGCGGAUCAGAGCUCUGCUCGAGUAGAGGCAUCUGUCAGUGAAACUGUUUUCUCUGCGGUAUUAUGCAGAGACAGCCCGCUGCUUUAACGUAUCAGGCAGCUGUUAGCAGAUAGGCAGCAACCACACUCAUGUCCAGGAUCUGGGUGUGAACGACUCGGGUCACAAUGUCUCUCAUCCUAAUAUCUUUUCUUCUAAUUUUCCUGCUCGGGGUUGUGUUCUGCUUCCUGUUCAAAUGGCUGAUCUGCACCCUGGCAGUCCGGGUCCUCCAGGCUACACUGAACGCUGAGCUCAAGAUCAAAUCAGUAGGGCUGUUUUCUGUCCAAGGAGUCAGUAUCCAGUUUCACCCCCAGCACACUCUGGAAGUUGACAGAAUAUGGAUUUCAAGUAGACUUCUGAACCAGGAUUUACCGCGAUACCUGGCGUUAUGUUUUGGUGACAUCCGAGUUAGGUUUGACCUUCAAGUACCGCUGGGCCCGCUGGUGAAGACUGGUCAUGGGAAAAAGCCAAAAAUGGGUCCAGUCAACCCCAAAAAACUUCGCUUUCUGUCACAGCUCGUGUCAUUCCACAUCAGCUCAGUUAAUGUGAUGGUGUUAAACCUGGCUCUGUCAGAAUCUCUGUGGCACAUGACGGUCACAGGUAUCACCUUGUUGCUCAGCCAUCAAAGUAAAACGUUGGCGUGGAACUUCUCAGUGGGGCAGCUCAGUAGUAAAGUACUCAAAAGCAGCCAGUUGGAUAUAUGUUUGGCUGAGCUGGCCCUUAGCCUGCUGCUGUCGGGGGAUGUGACCCUACCAGAGAUGAGACCAGGCUGUCUGUCCCUGAAUGUGAGGACGCUCAUAGCAGAGCUGCACGAGGGCUUGUUCCUCAGCCAAUUCCUGCUGCCACAUAAGUCUCAGAAAAACCAAGAUCACGCUGUACCUGAGUGCGACAAUACUAAUUUCAUCCAGACAGAGACUGUUGAACGGUUUCAUCAGCUGCUUCCCCACAAAGUCAAUGUGGAGUUUGAUAACACAAAUGUAACCCUAUCCAUGCACAGCCAGAAACGACACCUGAACUGGACACUGAAGUCUUUGAUGAUGUGUUAUGGACGUGAUGACGAGCAGCAUCCCCUAAGAAGCUUCACUCCUGAGCUGAGCUUUCCUCAGAGCAGUCUGGAGCUCCUUCUUGAGGAUGGACUUCUCCUUUCUCAGAGCAGGCAGAGAAUCCUUUGCUUGAACACGCUGAAGACGGUCCUGCAGAUUACAUCCAUUGACAUCUCAGGAUCAUUCAUAGUCAACACCUGCAUCAUUCACUAUCGUCACCAAGAGUUCUCCCAUUGGUUGAAUCUGUUUCCAUGGCAACUGCUAGUCCACAGGAAGGAAGCCCACAGAAAGAGUCCAUUAGUUUGUUUUCCCGCCCUCCUCUUCCUCAGGCGUAUCCCUCACUUGGAUGCUCCCGUGAUGAUCUCCUCCUCCGUGUCCAACGUCAACGUAUCCGUGCAGCUGGGAGACACCACACCUUUUGCCCUCGGCUUCAUCUCUGCUAACGCAGAGCUGCAGCAUCUUCUCGAUUUCAAAGUUGACAAAGACAGCUCUGAGUCCCAGAACCUGCACCAGCGGGCCUUGUUGUCCCUGGACAACUUCUGGUGGAGAGUGGGUCAAGGCUCUCACAUCCAGCAGGCGCCUCACCCUCCCGGUAAACAUGUAUGGGGCGAAGCGCUAAUUCUUGACACCUUAAGUCUUCAGGGGAGUUUAAACAGACCACGGUCAGAGUUGAGCAGCCACCCUCCGACCCUGAACAUGGAGUCCAGCCUGAAAGGUCUUCAGGUGGAGCUGUCAGAGACCUGUGCGCUGUGCCUCUCCCGCCUUCUGUCCCUCCUACAUGUCCCCGGUGACCCUGAGCAACACCUGCCAGAUGUAACUCCUGAGUCUCCCUCUGCUGACAGAUCAGCCAAGUCAAACCACUCCUCCUCACAGCCGAACUUACUUUUUAAACUGGAUUGUUGUCUGGACGAUGUGAAUGUGUUCACAGUCUCUAAUGUGGCGGGAGGUGUGUCUCUGCGUAUGGACACUGUGAGCGUCCUGAGCUCUGCAGAAAGCUCCAGAUUGUCUCUGCAGGGGACGAGCUUGUCUCUGGUGAAACCUCUUACUGAGAACAUGGAAACAUGCUGCCCCACCUCUCAAACCGUCAACCCUGUACUCAGACUUACCACAAUAACUAUCUGGUACCAUGUCACCACACCCAGCUUACAGGUUCAGUGCGAAGAGGAGCUCGCUGUAAACUGGACUCCACAAGACCACAUGGUUUUAUUUCAACACAUGACCGAAGCUCAGGCUUGCUGGUGUAUGCUCCGUGGAGAGAAGGAAAAGGACGGUGAAGGUCUGCUGGGUCAGAGCAGAGGCUUGUCUGUACGUGUUGAAAUGGGGUCAACUUGUUUAACUGCCCACGUCAGUGAGAGGAAUUAUAUCCUGCUGCAUACCGAUGCUUUCUCCCUUUCAAAACAUGCUGGUUCCAUACACAUACAUUCCCCUCUGCUGAUCUUCAACUUUGACGGCAACGACAUAGUCUCUUUUAAAAAGUUGGAUGUGGAGACUCAUGAUGAGCUCACUGAGAUGCAGCUGCACAGAGACACGUUUCCUUUCCUAACCACUUCUCACAACCGAGUCUGGGUACUCACCUGUCCAUCUUUAUCUGUCGAGUUCCCCUACCAGUACAAUUUCUCCAACACUUUUGACAUGGCUAUCAGUGUGCAGAAAUGGUUAAAGACUCUCCAUCUCCCACACAGUCGGACCUCCACCUCAGAGCAACACCUGCCUCCUGACCUUGUGUUCAAAAUCAGCCAGUUCUCAUUUGUCUUCCUGGACGACAUCUUUGAAAUCAAGCUGAGAGACAACUAUGAGCUGAUGAAGGAUGAGAGUAAAGAAAGCGCAAAGCGUCUGCAGCUUCUGGAUAAGAAAGUAGCAGAACUUAGAAAGCAGCACGGAGAACUUUUGCCUGCCAGAAAAAUAGAAGAGCUGUACAGCUCAUUAGAGAAAAAGCACAUAGAGAUUUACAUUCAGCGCUCACGGCUACUCUAUGCAAACACACCAAUGAGGAAGUCUCUGCUGACGUGGACUGUGUCAGACCUGGAGCUUGUCCUCCUUUCUGAUCAGUCCUUUCAUGGUCCAGAGAAGGUGAGAGAGCAGGUGAGAGACAUCGACAGGAUCAGCCCCUUCCCCAGAGAUGGACUCCCUCUGGUGGUUCAGUGGUGUCGUGCUAUCAAGUUUAAGCUAGAAACUUUUUUUGUGCGAAUUCGAGACUACCCUCGCUACCUGUUUGAGAUCCGGCAGUGGGAGCUGUCGGGGCGUCUGGUUGGGACAGAGCAGGAUGGACAGACAAGGGCUCAUCGCAAGCAGACUGUCCCACUAGGAGCUCCAUGGGGAGAUGUGACGGUCCACAGAAACAUGCCUCCACUUAAGUUCUACUAUGAUUUCCAAUCCAACAUCUUUCAGUAUACCAUUGUGUGGGGGCCUUGUUGGGACCCUGCCUGGACACUGAUAGGGCAGUCAGUAGACCUGCUGACCAAACCCACAGCAGAUCCGUCUCCGCCUUUAGCUUGGUGGGAUAAAAGCCGUCUGCUCCUGCACGGACGCUGGGUCAUGAACAUCGAGCAUGCCAACCUGCAUCAGCUGGCUACAGAGGAUCCUUAUAACACAACUGAAAACUUGCAUUGGGAAUGGACCACGCUGAACUUUGACUGGAAUCCUGGCCAAUUUGUGUUUAAAGGAAAUUUGGAUGUAAACGUCAGGACAGCAUCAAAGUAUGAUGAUAUCCGUUUCCUGCACUUGCCCAACCUGUGUAUGACCCUUGACCUUCAGUGGCUUUGCCAUGGCAACCCCCACGACCACCAUGCUGUCAUGGUUUGCAGUGUGGAGAACAUUGCAGAUGUGACCUCAGGACAAUCUCAUGACUCCUACAGAGCUUUUCGCUCUGAAAACCUCAACCUCUCCAUUACAAUGGACCUCAGUCAGAACUCUUCUCAGGAACUGCCCGAGCCACAAAUCUUGCUGUACAGCAGCACUCUGCGCUGGAUGCAGAACUUCUGGGCCACCUGGACGAGCGUCUCCCGACCGAUCUGCAGAGGCAAGCUCUUCCACAGCCUCAGGCCGGUUCGCAAAAAGCUUGGUCAGCACUACAAACAGAUGUCCUACACAGCUGCCUUCCCACAACUACAAGUGCAUUAUUGGGCUUCCUUUGCACAGCAGAGAGGAGUCCAAGUGAAGUGCAACAAAGGCCACGUCUUUACUCGGGGGACACAGAGACUUAUUCCACAGGCUGGCACUGUGAUGAGGAGGCUGAUCUCUGAAUGGAAUGUGACUCAGAUGGUCAGUGAGCUCUCUCAGGUCACAGUUCACCUGAUGGCCUCCACAUGGGACGAGACGGCUGACCACCAGAAUAACGCUCAGGUGAAGAAGACUCAUCUUCUUAGCCUGUCAUCGCUUAGCUACCAGCGACAGAGCAACCGCGUGGAGGAGGAAGUGAACCCAACAGAUGAAACAAAUGCGCCUUACACUCACAAACUGCGCCUCGUGGACCUCCGUGCUUCCUGGACAACCAUAAACAGAAACAUUGCCUUUGGGCUGUAUGAUGGUUAUAAAAAGGCGUCUGUGUUGAAGAGGAAUCUUUCCACUGAAGCUCUAAAGGGUCUGAAGAUUGACACACAUCUGCAGAUGAAGAAACUCAAACGCUCUCCCUCUAACUACUCUCCGACCACAGCUCUUGUGACUCCAGUUGUUGCCACUGUGAAUCGAGUAGAGAAAAGCCAAAUUGAAGGAACUUCAAUGUUGCAGAAACUGAUUGAGGAAACGGACAAGUUUGUGGUGUUUUCUGAGGAAGACUCUGGAGUAAGCGACCAGUUGUUCGGCAUUGCAGCCUGUCAGACUGAUGAUGUGUUCAACCGCAACUGGUUUAUAGAGUUGGUCAACUGUCAGAUGAUGCUGCGCGGCACAGAAACAGCAGGUUGUGUCCUAGUGUCUGCAGCCAAGGCUCAACUGCUGCAGUGUGAGCACCACCCGGCCUGGUACAGCGACACGCUGAAGCAGAAGACCACCUGGACGUGUCUGCUGGAUGGAAUGCAGUACUUUGCCACCAUGGAGCUCAAUCCUUCGGAAAAAGAGGACAGGCAGCUGUGGCUGGAGGUGAAAAACAUAGAGGAGCACAGGGAGCGUAACCUGGACUCAGUGCAGGAGCUGAUGGAGAGCGGCCAGGCGGUGGGAGGAAUGGUUAGCACAACUACAGACUGGAACCAGCCUGCACAGGUGAACGAGUCUCAGCAGGUUCAGCGUAUCAUCUCACGCUGCAGCUGCAGGAUGCACUACAUCAGUUAUAGUCAUGACAUCAACCCCGAGCUGGCCACGCAGAUCAAGCCUCCAGAGAUGAGGAACAACCACGAGAAAGAGGACCUCCUGAAAAAGCAGGCGGGUGCUGUGGAAACUUUCACUCUCAUUCACCAUGAUUUAGAGAUUUCCACGAACCCCGUUCAGUACGCUAUGAUUCUGGACAUCGUGAACAACUUACUGUUGCAUGUGGAGCCCAGGCGCAAGGAGCACAGUGAGAAAAAGCAGCGGGUUCGUUUCCAGCUGGAUAUUUCCAGUAACCCAGAAGAGCAGCGCAGCAGCAUCCUGCAUCUGCAGGAGGCAGUGAGGCAGCACCUCGCUCAGAUCAGACGCCUCGAGAAACAGAUUUACUCCAACACCAAGGCUCAAAAUGAUGAUGCAAACAAUGAAGAACUGAUUGACAUCAACAUGCAGCUGCAGAACCAACUGAACCAGGAGAAGAACGACAUGCAGAUGAAAAGCGAGGAGCUCAACAUCCUCAUCAGGUGUUUUAAAGAUUUCCAGCUGCAGCGGGCAAACAAGCUGGAGCUGCGUAAGCCGCCAGAAGACGUAGGUGUGGUGCGGAGGACCGAGUUCUACUUUGCUCAGGCUCGCUGGUGUUUGACCGAAGAGGACGGACAGCUUGGCAUCGCAGAGCUGGAGCUGCAGAGAUUCAUGUACAGUAAGUUGAACAAGUCUGACGACACAGCCGAGCAUCUUUUGGAGCUCGGGUGGUUCACAAUGAACAACCUGCUUCCAAACGCAGCUUACAAGCGUGUGAGGGUUGUUCUUCGGCCUCAGAGCAACUGCCAGUCAGGACGUCAGUUUGCUUUGCGCAUCUUCAGCAAAGUGCGCCCCCCUGUGGGAGGAAUCUCCGUGAAGGAGCACUUUGAGGUGAACGUGGUGCCGCUCACCAUCCAGCUCAUGUACCAGUUCUUCAAACGAAUGAUGGGGUUUUUCUUCCCGGGGCGAAAUGUUGAAGAGGAAGACGUCACAGAUGAGGAAGACAAGUUUAGAAUGGUCACUACUGCUAUCCCAGUCAAGCCCAGGCCAUCAUCAGAGGACACCAUGGGUCCUAUGGGCCCCAGUAAAAGUAUCACCCAGGGACUGAACCGCACCGCAGGGGUCCGGAGGUCCUUCAGGAAGCCUCCAGAGCAUCCUGUUGAUGACAUUGAUAAGAUGAAGGAGAGAGCUGCUAUGAACAACUCCUUCAUCUACAUUAAGAUUCCCCAAGUGCCUCUGUGUGUCAGCUACAAGGGAGAGAAGAGCAGUGUGGACUGGAAAGACCUGAACCUUGUUCUUCCUUGUUUGGAGUACCACAACAACACAUGGACGUGGCUCGACUUUGCCAUGGCAGUGAAACGCGACAGCCGAAAGGCACUCGUAGCACAGAUGAUAAAGGAGAAGCUGCGUCUGAAACCAGCUUCGGUCGCAGACCUGCGAGGUAAGGUGUCUGAAGGGAAAUCGGACAACAACCAGCAGCAGCAGGAGGAAGACGAGAAGGCUCGACUUCUCAUCGGGCUCAGCACCACAGACAAAAGCUCCGGCAAGAAGAGCAUCUUCAGCCGACGCAAGUGAUCCAUAGCCUCCUUCUGACAGAGGUCCCUCCAGGACCCCUGAACGUCACUCCAGCUUUUUCAGAUCACGAAUAAAGAAAGGAGAAGCAUUUCCAGUAGUUCCACUUUAUCACAUGAGCCUUCUGAACUUGUUUCUGAAACAUCUCUAUGGAUAUCAGCCAUUAUGACCAAUUGUGUGUUUUUGUUAUGUUUAUCAGUAUGCUGUUAUAGCAUUUUCUUCCUCAUUUCAGACUGUGCAGCUCUGGAUAUAAUAAUCACUGUGGUUGUAUUGAAUGUAGCGAGGCAGACUAAUAUCUGUGUUAAUGCGCCUCCUGCUGGCUCAGGAACACGCUGAAGAUCAAAAACUGACCUCGCUAAGCAAACAGAAACCACCACCGGUGCUAACAGCUGUAAAAUCGGUUCUUAAAAAGCUAAAACUAGAUUUACCAGAGUAUGCUUUAACACAUAUGAAAGCUGAUCUGGGCUGCAUGACUGUCACUGACAUGAAGGCCAGGAUAUUUUAUAUUUUACAUGCUUGCAUCACUCAGCCUGCUGUUUUACUGUAACUUACCUCAGUGCAAUUAAUGAACAAAAAACAUCAUGUACCUGAUGGUUCUGUCAAAAAAAAAAAAAAAAGCUGCAGCUGAUAGUGCAUGUUCUGUCAUUUUAACACUAAAGCACUUUUCAUGCAAAAUAUUUGAUAUUUUGUAAUCACAGUUUUGAAUGAGUCAGAUAACUGAUUCUGUUAUUUGUCUUGAACGUUUCAAUUAAAGAGGAACCAAACGGCGA